UGGCUGCGCGCGCUGUCUGCCGGCGGGCACUUCCGGCCGGCGGGCUGCCGCGCGCGCCACCGCGUCGCCGUCGUCGUGCCGUACCGAGACCGCGCCGCACACCUCGCGCUGCUGCUCACCAACCUGCACCCCCUGCUGCAGAAGCAGCAGCUCGACUACCGCAUCGUCGUCGUCGAGCAGGCGGGAAAUGGUGCCUUUAAUCGUGCCAUGCUGAUGAACAUUGGCUUUGUGGAGGCUCUCAAACUGUAUGACUUCCAGUGUUUCAUCUUCCAUGAUGUAGACCUGCUACCAGAGGAUGACCGUAACCUGUAUACGUGCCCAGAGCAGCCGAGGCACAUGUCUGUGGCCAUUGAUGUCUUCAAGUACAGACUGCCAUAUGCUGACAUUUUUGGAGGAGUAAGUGCCAUGACACGCGAGCAGUUCCAGAAAGUGAAUGGCUUCAGCAACAUGUUCUGGGGCUGGGGUGGUGAAGAUGACGAUAUGUCAAAUCGCAUUCGUUUCCAUGGGUACCACAUCUCACGGUACCCAGCCAACAUAGCACGCUACAAGAUGCUCACACAUCGAAAACAGCGUGCUAAUCCUAAGCGCUACGAGUUCCUGAACACGGGUCGCCGUCGUUUUCGCACUGAUGGGCUCAACAGCCUGCACUAUGAAUGUGAGCGGACUCUAUUGUAUCGCUCACACACACAGCUGCUUGUCCGCCUGCCAUCGCCUACUGCACCCAGCUGAUGGGCCGCCAACUUUGUGGGGCUUUGGCAUGGCUGAAACUGGAUACUUGGCUGUAUGCCCAUCAGUCAUCACGUGAAUGAGUCAGCACUUUUCUGAUACCUGCAUAACUGACUGGAAGUAUUCUUGUGUAAUCUCAUCACAUUAUAAAACAUCACAUAAUAUUUCAUGGUACAGUCAACAUGUGUAUCACUGAAUCUAAUGGGUGCUUCUUUCAUUGAGUGGAUUUGAUGGAAAACUACUGGUUUUAUGGGAAGGUUUGUCCCCUUCCCCUUGAAUAAUUUCCAUCUAUAAAGUUAGUUCAUGUACUCGCCUGAAACUUUUGAAAAAUAUAAUGCUACUAUGUGUAAUCACAAUCUUUAUCCCUUCAUGUCUUGUUCAUGUUUGUUUGAAUUUGUAAGCUUGUACAACAUUCUGAAAUUUCAUAUAGUCUAUGGGGAAUGUUAUUAAUGAACAAUAUUGCCCCAAAUUUGACUUUUACGGUGGAUUUAAAAUAUCCAGCUUUUUAAAUCAAACUAAGAAGAAGUCAUCAGGUUAUUUAUGUUACAAUAAUAGAAUCUGUUAAGCUAUUGGGUUGUGCGGAUUUUGAGUUUAAAUGAAAUAACUCUAUAGAUUUCUACUUUGUGUCUAUUGCAGUGCAAUAGUGUGCCGAGGAUGUUCACCACAAAAAGUAGUGCUUCAUAUUCUGUCAGAUGAAUGUUUAAUGGAUAAGCUAUUGAAUUCAUGAGACUGCCAUACCUCGCAGUUGUUAGUAAAACAUUAAUUAUUAACUGCCACAUUUAUACUGCAUGGUGCUAUAGUCUCAUCAGUGAUAAACCUCUGGACUGGUGUUGUUGAGACAGGUUGUGGUCAGUUGUAAUGUGUCGCAUAGUGGUGCUGAAUUUGUCGCCAAAUUUUCUGUGUACCAAAAAAACUGUUAUAGUUUUUCAAUUGAUUAUGUGUAGUAAUAUUAGCAUCUACCAGUGAGUAGCACAGAUACAGAAACAGGAAGUAAUAUUAUUGCUUUUGUGUAUGUAACUCCUACAUGAAGGAUUGCUCUUUUGCAGCUGGCCUGUAAGAGCAAGUUUGAAGACAUUAGAGUUUAGUCAAAGUUCUUGAGAACUGUUCAGGAACUGAGAUGAGAAUCUCCACUGUGUCAGCUUAAGAGUAUGAUUGUGUAGUAUAGAGGUUUUGCUAAUAUUUUCAGUUAGUGUACUGUGGAAGUGCUGUUUAAUCUGCAACUGUUUGUCAGUGUGAAUAUAUGUGCCUUACAAUUGUAUGUUGGUUCUGGCAGUUUACACAUUCCAAAUCAGUUCUGCACAAAAUAUGAAAAACUAUUGAUAUUAAUAUGAUUUUCUUGUUAGAGCAUAAUUGCUACCUUCCAUAACCUAAAGAAGAUUGGUCUGUGAAACUGCUAAGAAUAUAAUUGUUAGGUAAUGUUGAUGUAAUUGCAAUGCAGGCAGUAUGUAACAAAGCAUGUGCAAAUAUUUGUGGUAGAAUGUAUGUAGUUGAAUUUCAAAAACUAGUCGGAGUGAUUGAAUGGUACAUAUCAUUUCUGUUGCUUGUUCUACAGAUUUUCUUUCUUGUGUGUGUUGUCCAUCUAUAUUCCUAUUCAAUUGAGUAUCCCAUUGGGACCAGUUCAUUGUUUUUGUUGUUAAAAUGUUCAAAAUUUGUCAUCUAAUAAUUAUAAAAAAAAUUAGAGGCCUGCAUAUUCUUGUGAUUUUUGUGAUAUUUUAUUUUUAUGUGAUGGUAAAUAUCUGUGAUUAAUAGUGGUUAGGGAGAUAGAACAGUUAGAAAUUUUUUCUAAGAAUUUUAUGUGUGAAACUCUAUUGUUAAUCAGAUGAAUAGCGUGUGGUAUCAAAAUUGUGAAGUUUACUUACAAUAAACAAUUAAGAAACAGGAAAGAUUUUCUUCUGAAAAUGAGGAGCUUACAUAUUUACACGUGUUUCAGAUAAAAUAAUUGUUUCAUAAGUAACAGGGAUAUUUUGUCAAUAAAUUUUAAUUUUAAUUGGAAUAAUAUCAGAACUAUUUUUUUAAAGGUGUUGAUAGUAAGCAUUUGACAUCUGUAAAAAGUUGAUACUGAAGUUGUAUGACAUGUUUGAGAAUUCGUCAAGAGGUUAAGUGCAGGAGGCUGGAAGAGUGAGAAAUCCAGCUUCUGUGUGAAUGAGUUGUAGAAAGCUAAACAUUGUCUCAUAUAACUUUCCUCACUACUCAUUCGGUACACAGGAUGAUGUGCUGAACUUCCCUUGUAGUCAGAGCAGAAAAGUAAACACAAAAUUAUUGGCCCAAAAAUAUUUAUAUCUUGUAAAUUGGUCUUCUGAUUUGUGGCAAAUUAUUUCUUAGAGGAAAUAAAAUAGAAACAUACUACAAUAUUAUGUAAGAAAAACAAUUCUUCGCUCAUGUCAUUGAAAUAAAUUCAUAUUUAUGAG